UUAACCCGGCCGACUAUCAAGUAUCUUUAUUAAAUUAUAAACACCUGCAUCAUACAUAAUUGUUGUAUCGUGCCAUAUCAUACCUGUCCUUUAGUCAAUUGAUCACCACGUCUGUUCUCAGCCCGCCAUCACCAUGAGCGAUAUCGAAGUUGAAGAUGAGCAAAGUCCGAAUCCAAGAUUUUGGCUCGAGUUUCGCACUUUUGACGAUGGCCUCUCUUCACGCUCCAAAUCACCAUCGACACUCACCGCGUUUCCUCAGUUCGCAGAGCUUCCACCUGAAUUACGUCUCCGGAUUUGGUCGUUCCUUAUCCAACCCCGCAUCGUCGUCGUAUGCUGUAUCCAGCGCGAUGAACGCCUGGACCAAAGAUGCUAUGAAUUGAAUCAGCGGUCACGGGGUAGAUCAGUGCCUGUGCUGCUACACAUCAACCGCGAGUCGCGCUACUUGGCUCUGGAUCACUACGAGCUUGCUUUUGGAUGGCGCAUCUCAAAGCUUCUGUCCGAUACACCGGUGUCUGCGCCGCCGCGCGUCUGGUUCAAUUUCAACCUCGACUGCGUCUAUCUCGCCGGUGAGCUAGAAGCGUACGAUAUCUACGGGUUCAACUCGGCCAUGGUGUACUUCCUACGCCGUGAGGACACGCACAGGGUUAAGCAUCUGGCAUGCGUGCUUUCAGAACUGGGCUACGCGGAACAGGAGAGUGAUCAGGUGUUUGGAUGCCUGUGGCAUGUCGUUGACGGGUUUCCUGCUGCGAAGAAGGUGUUGCUGACGGUGGGUGAAGGGGACGAGGAGGCUUUGAAGGGGAGUAAGUUGAGGGGCACGGAUAAUGUGAUGCAAAAGAUCUGGAAUGGGUUUCUGGGUGGGUCUGCUACGGAGACGAGUUCGAGGAUGGCGGACAAGUCAAUGGUGAUGAUUGAGGAGGAUGACCUGCCAGGAUUUGUGGCUGGACAUUGAUUCGGGCGUGAAGAAAGAGCAUAGCGGUGAUGGAUGUGUGGGGUUUCAGGGAGCUUGUUUGAACAGGAAAUGUUCUAGAAUCUUUCCGGCUUUAUGUAGUUUAUUUACAAGGUGUUCCGGGACAGGUUCGAGCCGAUCCAUGUUUACAACGGUCAGACACGCAGAUAGUCUUGAGCUUGCCAUUGAGUUACCU